AAUCAUAAAUUAUAUAAAGCCAAAUCUCUUUACUCAAGUUUAGUAUGGUAUCAUCGCGGAGGUAUCAUUGUUAUUGUUUUAGAUUCAGCUACUCAGAACAAAAAGUUGCAAGUAGCACGGGCUAUAGUGAGCCCGUAGUGGACUUACCCGGCACAGGAGUGGAGCCGUAACUCUUGUGGCGGAGGUAUCAGUGUGACGUCACACCAGCCUUCCUGUUGUGGAGCAGCGUCUCUCUUGCCUGGGAGGUUCAGUCCUGCUGGAGACACGACCAUCCCCGGACCAGUCAUGGGCAGCCUCGGCUUACUGUCACUCUGUGCAGUAGCAUCUGCAUUGUCGUUCUCAACUCUCACUACUAAAAGUCAUGUCGACAGAGUUAGUAAAACGUUUCAGCCACAAAACAGAGUGUCAAGGGACAUCAUUGAAGAACCAGGAUCAGUGGUCCAGCCAAAGCCCUGCCAACUGUAUGCUCCGGGGCUGGUGGAGGCGGCCCUGCCAACAGUGGUCAGUGUGCGACCGCCUACAUCAGUGUGGUGGAGCGUGCACCUGUUGCUCGUCUCUGAAGGAAACACUAUGGCCUGCAUCACUCUUUCAAGAGCCACCACCGACGUCCAAGCAGAGCUCUUCACUGGCAAAUGUGGGAAACACAGUAUUGAUACUUAUGUCAUACCAAGGAACUAUAUUAAAAUCGAUUGGUUUCACAUCAAAGUGGAAACUUUUAACACACUGAAGAUCUUCAUAAUUAUUCCCAGAGAAGAAAGAACUAUUUUUUUCCUUGAUAAGUUUCUACCUCCAGCCAACAUGUCGCUGAUCGUGGAAGCCGUGAUACCUUUUAAAACCAAAUUCGAUUGUCCCUCCGCCUGUAACAUUGAAGAAGUUCCACACAGCAGCGAGCUUCGUCUCUACAAGCAGUUUUAUAAUAAUUUUUCUUUUAACAUAAUGCCUGAAUCACAUCUCACAGAGCUUCAGGAACAAUUCCCAAGAUGCCAAGAGUGAGGAAGAUGGGGGAACACCUUCACGAGCACUGAGGAAACUAGAACAAUGAUUACUUUUAAAUAUCCAAAAGAGUGACUAAAGAUCUGAUACAAAAGCCGAACAAUAUUCACACCAAUAACAUUAAACAGUCGAAAGUGUAGACUGAUCAUUGCUCUACUUAAAUAUGACUCGUCAAGGGUUCUCCUCUUCAGGUAUCGCCACACUUGCUAUGCAGUGAAUUCCUAUGCAAAUUCUCCAUAAAUAUUGCAAUUAAUUCUCGCUGUAUUGUCAAAUUAUUACAGAUGUAAGAAAUUAUAGCCACACGGGUUUUCAUAUUCUGUUAUCUUAGUUCAUAAAAGUGAUCUUGGUUAAACGCAUUUGUUAAUAUCCUCCACUUUAAUAUUGUCGACUUGUGCAAGAUACAGAGAUGAAAACCCUUGAAGAAUUAAUCUAUGUUACCGCUCCUUGAAUUUUUACCUAAAUGUGAGGCUUCGGUCUCUAUAAGGAAACAAUUUUAGUUCUAGCUGGCUUCAUGUAAAUAUUAUCUUACUAUAAAUAAGUGCCACCAAUACUUUACCAAUCCCUUCAUCCUUGGCGUAAAAUAUUAUUUUAUUGUUAAAUGACAGACACAUAAAUAAAGAGAGACGGAGAAAUAAUAUUUCAUAAGAUAUACGAUUUUAUGACAUAUCUUACCCAAAAUAUAUUCAUUUUCCCAAAUUUGGUAUGAUACGGAUUUCCGGAUCAGAAAUAUCUGUUUCGUCACAUCCGACUUUCCUGUUACUUGGUAUAUUAUCAUCUGCUUGAGACGCGCACAUCCGAAUAAUCACUGAGAGCAUCAGCUUCGUGGUAUUUUCUAUUAAAGUCUGAAUUAUCGUUCUCAACACCCGCUACUAAAAGUUAUGUCGACGGAGUUGGUAAAACUGCAUAGCCAGAAAACACAGAGACAAGAGACAUCACUAAGGAACCAGGUUCACCUGCCCAGCCAGAGCCCUGCCGACUGUCUGCUCCGUCUUUAGUGUGGGAGGCCAUGCCACCACUGGACAGUCCCUUGGAGCGUGCACCUCUUCCACAUCUUUUAAGGAACAACCACAUCCUGCGUCACUCUUUCAAGGAACAUCGCAGAUGUCCAAGCUGGCCUCUUCUUUGGCAAAUGUAUAUCUUGAGGUUAUCUUGAGAUGAUUUCGGGGCAUAUCGUCCCCGUGGCCCGGUCCUCGACCAGCCUCCUUUUUGUUACACAUCCCCUGUUACCUAGCAGUACCUAGAUAACUGGGA